GUUUACACGGUCAUGAAAACAGUUUGGUUUUACUGACACAAUGGACAUGGAAGAAGAUAUAGAAGAAUAUCCUAAUAUUGAAGUGGACCCACAAUAUGUCACCGUAUCCAGCGUGGCGUCUUAUGUCAGUACAGACUCGGCAGAUGACCUUGACUGGUUACAAACCUCCAAACUUACAGGGGGAAUAAUCAAGUUUCUGUUUGAUGGAUCCACAGAGGAAAAGAGUCACACAGGGUACUAUGUAUGUGUGGGAGAGGAUGCUUCUGUGGACAAUGUGGCUAAAUACAUCACCAAAGUGUGGAAGAAGAGGAGCCCAGACAUCAUUCUUUCUGUUAUCUCCAGCUUCACUCAUUUCAGGAAGUGGAAAAAUCAACAGGAAGUGGAAGAUUUCCAGAAUGGUUUGAUACAGGCUAUGAACUCUACCAAUAUGUGGGUCUUGACAAAUGGUUUAGAUGGAGGAAUUGCUAAAAUUGUUGGAGAUGCUGUUCGUUUUGAGAGAGAGAGGCGGUUUAUUCUGAUGUCACGAGCUCGGGACCCUUACGUAAAGCUUCACAGGAAAGAGGAUGUAGAGGAACUGCCUAAACUGACAGUGAUGGGGAUCGUUCCCAAACUACAGCUCCAGUGUGUGGCUGGAAUGGAGGGAAUGCAUGAUUCCAUAAUUUCACUUAAAAAAACGGGAACCAAAGAAGCCAUGGAGUUGAAUGGAGAACACUCUCAUUUUAUCAUAAUGGACCAGAACACUGAUCUGAAGGAGCUGGAGAACUUUAGACUCAGAAUUGAGGAAAGACUACUGACUCCUAUAGGGAGGGGCAAGAGAUACAGAAAAGUCAAAAUGUAUGAUCCCUCCCUUGAUGCAGGAUCUAUCCCAGAAAAUUUAACCAUGAUCACUAGCACCUGUACCCCCAUGGUGGGCCUCCUUAUACAAGGUGGACCACUAGAUAUAGAUCAUGUAGUUGAUCUUCUGCGUAGAAAAGUUCCCGUUCUGGUUCUACAGGGUACUGGACUUGGAGCUGAUCUUAUAGCAUUUGUGUACUUUGAAAAAAUUCACCAUGAAGGAGAUGAAUACGAGUCUUUUGUAAAAACUGAGUUAAUCAAGAGAAUGAUGAACUGUUAUCCAAAGGAUUUUGUGGACAAUGAGUUGGCCCGGAAUCAGUGCAGGGACAAAAUAUUGGAGUGUGUCAAUCUGGCCCACCAGGAGAAUGGGAGGUUUUUGACUAUUUUGGAUAUAAAUGCUGAUCCCACAGGACUUAAGAACUUGGACAAGUACAUCUUACUCACUUUGUUUGAAUCUCAAGGGUCCAAGACAGGAAGCCAGUUUCAAGAACAGUUCCAAUCUGACCUCAAGCUGACCUUACACUGGAAUAGACCUGAUCUAGCAGAGUCACAGAUUUUUGAAAAGUAUGAUUGGACAACUGUCAAGAUUACACCAGAGCUGUUUGAUAAGGCUUUGUUGAAGAGAGGGAGAGAGAAGUUUGUGGAGAUAUUCCUGGAGCGGGAAACAAUUGUCCUGCAUGAAUAUGUUAAUUAUAAAAAGCUUCUGGACUUGUUCAACAAUCUGGACAGGCCUGAUUUUUUCUGUCAGGUCUGUUUAGAGGGAGUUCUGGCUAAAUCCCCAGGAAUGAGUUAUCCAGUGGACAAGGACUUUGUCAUAGGAAAGAAAUGUGACCUAAAUCAACUUCUGUAUAAAUUGACCAGCCUGGAGGGCCUGGUGUCCUCUUAUGACCUCUCCAUGAACUCUACUGGACAGUUUGUAUGUGACAAACUUACUGCAGAGAGAAAGGCCUUAAAUGCCCUGAUCUACUGGUCAGUUUUGACCUUUAACCCAUCACUGACCAGAGCGCUGUGGAAGCGGUCUGACCAGCCAAUGGUGAUGGCUCUUGUGAUCAGUAUGAUAUGGCACACUCUAGCUAUAAAAUGGUGUAGCAGAGAUCUGGACAUCAAACGACAACUCAAGGAUUCUGCUAUAGAGUUUGGAAAACAAGCUGUAAAAUUAUUGAACCUGAGCUACCAAGACUCCUGUCUAACAGCCAUUGCCUCAUUAGAUGAGAAACUGCCAGAGCUUAACAAUAAGACCACUAUAAAGCUUGCCCACAUUGCUCGGAAUAAAUUCUUCAUUGCUCACAAAAGUUGUCAAAAAUGGCUGCUUCAGCGUUGGCAGGGUAACUUGCUAAUCAGAGAGGUGGAUUAUGGAGUUUUCAGACUCCCAAACUGGUUCAAGAUAUAUAUGAGUGUCUUCUUUAUCUUCCCCAUGUUGUUUUGGAUUACCUAUGAGAUUAAGAAAGACCCAGAAGUAAAAACUCCAGAAGAGGAUGAAGAACUGGAUAUAGACCAAGUAGAUAACCAGGACAUGAUACCUCUGAAAAUCAAAUGGAAAAGGAGUACAAAGGGACAGAUGAAAUACCAAAUGAGGGAGAUGCUGAACUAUGGUCGACAGAACUUAAGGGUGCCUCUUUAUCUACAGUUUUACUAUCUAUGGAGUGCCCCAAUCACCAAGUUUUAUCUCAGUCAGCUGCUGUACAUUUUGUACCUGGCCUUAUUCAGUUAUGCAGUCAUUAUACCAUCUUGUGGGGAUUUCUACAUUGACCUUGUUGUGUAUUUUUGGACUGCCAUGAUUUGGGUUGAAAUCAUCAGAAAAACCAUCAUCAAAAGAAAGGAAUACAAAGAGAUGAAGAUAUUCUGGACAGUGAUAGAGAUAUGUCUGAUUGGUUCCUUUCUGAUCGUGAUCGGACUGGUCAGAAUCAUACCGAAGUUUAUCCCAUUCAUCAAGUACACCACGGCCAAAUUUGUCAUGAGCUUGGGCCUCCUAUACUUCUACUACAGGUUACUUAGUGUUUUCCUUCCCAUCAGCCCCGUGCUGGGCCCCAUGAUGAUCAGCUUCAGAGCUAUGAUGAAGAAAGACUUUUUGACAUGGUUGAGAAUGUUCCUGGUAUUUAUGAUUGCGGGUGGAAUUACCAUUCAGGCAACCCUGUACCCUAACUACCCCGCCUCAGAGGAGGGCUUUGUCAUGGCUCUCAGCAGGGCCUUCUUUGGAAUGUUCCUCACUAAAAUUGACGACCUAGACAGUAAUGAUAGGUGUGAAAACUUUUAUGCCAACCAGACAAGAGAAGUUUGCUACAAUGCUGCUGCUUCAUUCUGGAAAAGAAAUACAAGUCAGAUCAGGUUUCAGCGGGAGUUUGCCGAGUGUCCAUACCGUAGCUUUGGUGGUUACGCAAUGGUGAUUCAGUAUCUCGUCAUCACUAAGCUCAUUCUUCUUACUCUUCUGUACGCUUUGUUCAGUGCCACCAAUGCUAAAAUUAAGCAGGAAUCAGAGGAAAUCUGGAAGUAUCAGGUGUACAGCAUCAUUGUGGAUUUUGAAACUCGUCUGAGAUUGCCUGCUCCAUUUAAUUUCAUUAGCUACAUCAUCAUGUUGUUUGAGUUUAUCUUCAAGAAACUCCGGCAGUGCAUGAAGAAAUGCUGUCAAUCUUCAUGCUGUAGGAAAAAAGACCAAGUGGAUGGUGACAGCGUGUCUGUUAUAAAAGUCAAAGACUCAACAGAUUACAGCUACUGGAAAAUCUGUAUGAAGAAAUUGAAUGAAGAGGAGGAGCAAGAUGAAAGAGAGGCUGCAAGACUUACUGAGCAGAGUCAAAGAAUAGAGCAUCUGGUAACACAAUCCAAAUUACAGAGGGAAUUUAAUGACAAAAUGACAGAACAGAUGUCAAAUUUGGAGAGACAGUUGAUUGCUUGUAGCUUAGCCUUGGAGCAGAUAGCUCACAAAAUAGACACCAUUGAUCCCCAGGCCCGGCCAGAAUUAGAGACUGUCACCUCCCUACACAUUGCUAGUCGUCAGUCUCCAUACCCCAACACCAAGAUACAAAGGUUCCCGGUCUUUGACAAAUAUGUCAAUUGGGAGGAGCCUUAUCCUACGUAUGAUCCAGUCCUGUACACCAAACCUGUGGAUGAAUACAGAGAAUCUAUACAGAGCCUGGUGGAUCCAGAUUUUAUAGAGAUCAUGCAGCGUAUGGAGAGCAGCAGCCAGAGUCAGGAAGAGAGAGCUAGUUUACUGUCAGCUACUGGGUACCAGAAACCCCUGUGGAAUCUGUCAGCUACAUUUGUGAUCAAUGAGACGACUAACAUAGAAAUUAACAGAGUAUCCUGGAUCACUAAGGAUGGCUUGCCAUUACGUUACGAGCUCGACUCAUCCAACAUGCCAAUAAAUCCCAUGGGUCGUACUGGUAUGAGAGGAAGAGGGAAGUUGAGGAGAUGGGGGCCAAACCACUGUGUUAUGUUGGUCAUUUCCAGAUGGAAGAGAUUUCUGUCUACGGGCCAGAAUCAGCAGAACUUCAUUACUGUGGAUGGCAAGAAAGUCCUGGAGGUUGCUGUCUUUCAAAAGAAGGAAUCAGGGGAGCUCAGUCUGCCUAGUGGGAAGGAGUAUGGUGGCAUGUCUCUCUACUCAGCUGUUUGUAGGAAGUUUUUAGAGAACAUAUUCCAGGAGUCUGAUGCUAAGCUUGACCCUAACAUGACAGAACAACAAAUGAUUCAGUUCUUUGAACAAUUUGUGGAGCCCCAUCCAGGACCCUUCACUGGAUUUACCUCUGGGAUAAUAUACAAGGGCUACAUGGAUGAUCCGUGUAACACUGACAAUGCCUGGAGAGAGGCUGAGGUCUGGAACAUACACUACCAUGUUCCAGAUAACCUUGACCUAAAGAUUAAAGAUAAAGAGAAAAAAUGGAAAGAAGUGUCAUCUUAUCUUAGACUACCAGGAAACCAAAAUUUAAUCGUACAAGAAGCAGCCCGUAACCAUGGCGCCUAUUAUUAAAGUUUGCUCACUUACACACACCUACAUAUUUAUCUGUCCAGUUAAAGCCUUAGUCAUCAAGUUCAUGGUUGUAGAUUCUUAGUGCAAUGUUCAUAAAAGAAAUAAAAUUUUUGUUGCUGUCAUAUGUAUAUUUUUCCCAUAUUAUUUUAUUAUAUUUUUUUCUUUAUAUUUGUUAUUUUACAAUUACAUUUAUUUUUAUUUUAAAUGCUGUAUACACACUUUUGGUGUUGGCAGAUUACUUUAUGGUGCAUUUUUACUUUCUUUUUUUAUUUCAAAAUUCUAUGCUGUGCCAUUUUACACAGAUGACUUUUAGGUUUGUAUAGUUACCUCUGUAUAUAUUUUUAUACUUUCAUGUGUACAUUAUUUUAUCAUUUACUGUUUAUUAUUUUAUCAGUUACUUGUAAACUUUAAGGUGCCAUUCAUUUUAUUGAUAUUAUAGUUUGGUAGGAUUACUAACUUCAUGUCCUCUGGCAGAUGUAAGUUUAGUUUGUUGUGUUUUAGGCCAGUAUGUCACUGCAACUCUGAGAGAUAUGAGACAGUAUUGGAUAUAAUCAAAGAAAUAUUGAUUUAAGGAUACAGUCAGGCUAGAAUUUACUUUGUAGUAGGAGUUGGUAAAAUAGGUUGUAGAAUGUAAAUCAGAAAGACUUCAUUUCAUCGUAAGUUUAUAAUUCAGGGUAUAAAAUAACAUAAAAACAGUCUGUAAAUUAACGAUAGAUAUGGCAUUGCUGCCACCAAACAACAUACUGUGAAAUCACUAAUUUUCGUGGGGGGGGGGGGGGUAAUUUUUGUUGUUUUCGAGGGAUGAAAUUUAAUAUACACAACUACUAAACAGUUCUUCAUCCACGAAAUCGAAUCUCUAGGAACCAAUAUUUUUUUUCUAAAACCAUGAAAAUUUGAUGCCACAAAAAUAUAUGAUUUUACAGUACAUAAGGGUAAGAAAAAGAAAAUCAUUUGAGUUCAUAAUGAUUUGUGAUAUCAGCAGUAUUGAACAAGCAUUUAUCAGUAGCUCAUGGGGGUAGAAAUGCUAACCGAUAAAGAGAAUGAAAUGCAAAUCUGCUGUAGUUCUUGGUUGUAGAGUCUGAUAUUUUUUUUGUAAUUUAAUGGUGAAGCAAACUUAACCUUUUAAUUUUUUUUAUUCCUGUAGUAUGAAGCUAGUCUAAGAAUUUUUAAAUGAGCAAUACAGGUUGUAGUUAAGUAGCUAGAUAGUGUACAAACCAGAAAAAUUUACAUCGAUUGUAAUUUGUCAUUCAUUGCUCAAUUUAUAUUUUUAAGACUACAAUAUUUUUUGUGUAAUCUUGCCAGUUUAAUCAUAAUUUUAAAAAAAACAUCGCAUGAUAGAGUUUGUAUGAAUAUUAAUGUGUCUCUUAAAAUUCAUUUUGUUUUAACAGUAUUUCUGAUUUUUUCAAUUACGAUAUUAGAUCACAGUUAAUUUUUGUGAGACAGAUGAAAAUGUAGAGAAUAGUCAAUACUUGGCUUGUUGUCAAAUUAUUUUUUAUUAAACCUUUUGAGCUUCUCUGAGCCCAAGGCUUUAGUGAGCUUAUGCUUUUGCAAUUUGUUCUGGUUGUGUAAACGUUUUAAUUCGCUUGAGUCACACAGGUCAGAUGAAUUCUUGCUAUCUGCUCAAGUCCAUAGGUUACUGUGUAAACUUAUGUAACUGAACAACCAUGUGGAAACAUCUUUAGAUGGUGAAAUUUGGACAAACCUUGGCCCAACAAAGAAUUACACUGAAAUGAAAAAUUUCGUUUAAAAAUAUCUUCUCAAAAACUACUUGGCUAGAAAUUAAACUGCCAAACUUUUAUGAUAUUCUAAAAAUAUAUUUGAAAACGUCUUCUCAAGAAUUAUAGGCAAAACAUUGUAAAGCAUGAUCAAGUACAUGUAAUGCUGAUUUGAGGUUCUUUACUGUAUCUUGUCUUAAAUUUAAUAUGUGACCUUUUCCUGAUUUACCUUAUGCGAACAAUGUAAAAUACUGGAUGUUUUGUAGUUUUAGCUUACCUGAGUCAAAGACUAAAGUAAGCUUUCUGUCAUCAUCGUUUUUGUCCUUAUUGUUUUAAAACUUAAUACAAUUUCAUCUACUUCUCCAGAGCCACUGGGCCAAUUUCAAUCGAACUUGGCACAGAGUACUUAUGUUUCCAUGUUGUAAGUUUCCACCAUAGCUACAAUUUAAAGAAAUCCGUUGACUUUGUUCCAAAGAUAAAUUUAAAACAAGCAAACACAUACAUCAAGAGUUGUAGAGUUUGAAUAUGCAUCAUACAGAUUUACAGUGUUUUUGUUUUUACAAGAUAAUAUCCAAUUUACAUGUAUUUGAUAUCCAGUGCUCAUUUGAUUUUUUGUAGAUUGCAAGAGACUAAAACUUGAGGAUUAGAACUAGCAAAGCAACCAUUGUAUUAGAACUUAAGAAAUCCAUCAAAAUGGAUUAAGUAGUUUAGAUUAUGUAUUUAAUUAAUUCAAUACUCUCCUGUUUAUGGUAUGGUUUGUUGAAGCAGUAUAUUAAUAGAUGCAUGUUGUUAGAUAUACAGUACUGUAUAUGAUUGAAGGUAAAUGAGGGACUUAGGUUAAAUAAAUAUACUAAUGUCGCUUUC